CAUUUUCGUAAAUUAUAUGAACUUGUGGAGUGAAUACGGCAAAACUAAUUUCAAAAAAAAAGGGAGGUUAGUUUUGUGUUUGACUUUAAGUUGUAGGUCAAUUUUGCAAAAACCCCUAUGAAUUUCUAUGAAUAGGUCUAUUAGGUUCAUUUUUAAAAAAAUCACAAAUGAAUCAAGGUUGUGACUUCUGUUUUAAUAUAUAAGAUAUAGGAAAGUUGUUUCUUUAUUUAGUCGCUCUUUUUUUAUUGGAUAAUCGACUAAUCGUUUUCGCUAAUUAAAACAGCCUAUAGGCUUCUCAUUACGCUAUAUAUUUGAACAACAUUGUCGGCAUAUUAUAAUUCUAUUACGUCUAACCUAUUUUAAAAAAUGAUAUAGUACUAUACUAUAUAACAAAAUCUCAUCGUUAUUAUCAUUAUCGUACAUCCGUCGUUAUUCAUUCGUGCUAUAUAAUACGGCUAUCGCACCAAGCAGGCAACGUGAUAUGAAAUAUAUUAACAUUUUGGUUAGGAAUAACGUAACAGAAAAAUAUGUCGUCAGCUAUGUGACGAUUAAGUAAAGUGAGGCACUUAUUUACUAAUUUAAUGAAAGAAUAUACACAGUAGAUUAGGCCAAUUUCGUCAACUUGUUGGGAAAGUAGCCAACAAACCCAAUACAAAACUAAAUUCUACUAGUUAGUUUCUUGGUAAAACUCAACUAAUCGUAACUUUACGCUGUUUUAUUAUUUUUUCCUAAAUCAUGAUAAUAUCGAAUAUGAUUAAAUCAUUUAGUUAUUAAAAAUAUUAAAUCAUGUUAAUAAAGUAAGUAUAUUAGUAUACUAUAUAUAUAUUUUUUAUUUUAGUUAGGAAAGAAAUGCUAAGCCACAGAAUCUAAUAUGUUUCCUAAAUCAACGGUCAUGAUUGAUUAAGAAUAGUCUUCCUUUUGACCAAGUCUAAUCACUAAACCUAAAUAAAUAAACAACAAACGAAGGCAAAUGCUGUUUUGUUACUUAUUACAAUCUCACACAGCCUUGAGACACAACACAAAAUGGCUAACUCAAACGAUUGGUCUCACCUCUACAGCAACAACCAAGCCUUCUACACAACUUCCACCAUCACUUCAACCGCCGUCACAACCACCACAGCAGCUUCUCCCUCCGGUGAAGCCACCUCCAUGGACUCUCGUCUUAGUCCAGAAACAGGCCGUGUAACCAAACCGGCACGUAGAAGAUCAAGAGCCUCACGUAGAACACCAACAACACUUCUCAACACGGACACAUCAAACUUCCGCGCCAUGGUUCAGCAGUUCACGGGCGGUCCAUCCGCUAUGUCUUUCGGGUCAGGUAAUACCACUUCCGGUUUUAGCCUCACCUCUUCGUCGGAUCCAUCCGCCGGAUCUUCCCAACAAGUUCCUUGGCAAUAUAGUUACCAGCCUCACGCGCCGCCUCCACCGCAACAGCCUUAUAUGUUCUCGUUAAACAACAUGAAUCCCGUCGUUGGGUAUAGUAACAUGAACAACCCUAAUACGAUGGUUCCUGGUGGUUUUGGAACCGCGGGCGGUGGAGGAGGAGGUUCUGCUCCGUCGUAUAAGGAAGCCACGAAUAGUAAUACGUCGUCUUCGAGACUGCAAUGAGAAAACGAUUGGAUUCUUUUGAAAUAUUUUUUUCUCCUUUUUCGCAUAAAGGCAGAAAUGUUAGGCGUUGAGCAUUUGUUUACAGCGUUAUCACUUAUCAUGGUCCUAAAUAAGCAAAUAUUCAAUGACUGAAGUUGCACACUUGCUUGCAUUCAAAAGAAAAACUCCAGUUUGGCAGUAAGCAAAAUAAAAUAACGUCUCCAAAUAAAUCUAUAUGUUUUUACGAGAAUACAUUAUCUGUUAUACUCCCUCUGUUUCAAAAUACAUGAAGUUUUAAGAUUAUACACAACUAUUAAAAAACUUGUUUUUUAUUUUAAAAAUAUCAUUAAAAUAUAAAUUAAAAAUUAUUUAACCAAUCACAAAACAGACUACAAAAUAUCAUUAGCUACACAGUUUUUGAUAAAGUGAAAAAAUACAUUGAUAUAUGAAAACAUCAUCUAUUUUGAAACAUCAAAAACUACCUAAAACAUCAUCUAUUUUGAAACGGAUGGAGAAUAAAUUAUUAUGGCAUCCAUAUUUUCUACUAGACUUAGGUAAACUAAAGCAAUGUUCUCGAACACUAAUAUAUCACGUAUAUAUAUUAUAUAUAUUAACGCUCUAUAUAUGUUAAAAACAUACUUUCACGUAAAGUUCUGAACUACAUGUGAAAAAUUGAAAUUUCUUCAAUAUUAUUCAAAUUAAUAGUAGUAUAUAUGUAUAACGUGCAUGUAAUGGAGGAAAUGUGAGAGAAAUAGCUUACAUCCAAUUUCUGUAUUCAUUUAUUGUAGGCAUUCAAACAUGAAAAUUAGUUAGUGUGAAUGUAGUUUUAUCUGCUUUGCCAAAUUAGCUCGAUAAAAUGCAAAAUAUGAAUAUAACUUUAUAUAACUUAUUUUAUAAAAUGUGCAUGGAAUGGAGGAUGCCUACAAUAAAUGAAUACAGAAAUUGGAUGGAGAAUGCCUACAAUAUAUGAUCCACUUAAGCUACAUUCAUUUACUUACACCCCAACGAUUGUAUUCUUAUUCGAUAAAACUGUAACUGUAAGUGAAUGUUCUUUUACCAAAUUGUAGCGAUAAUAUAGAAUAUGAAUAUAAGUUAAAACUUUAUAGUUUGCUUCUUUUUAUGGCACAAUAUAUUUUCUAUUGUCAUAUAACUUGUAGACGGAAAACGAUGACUAUCCUUUUCCAGUUCACAAUUUGAUUACUUUUUUCUUUGUCUUCAAUCACUAACUUUAUAAGAUUGUUGAAAUAUAUUUGAAGGAGAAUUUUCGCCAAGACCAGAAUAAUCUUUUAACAUUAAAAUAUGGUGAUGAUUAAUUGGAUCAUAUAGAAAUUAAACUUGCUUUUCGUUGGAAACAGAGGAAGCUUUUGGGUGAAGGUAGGCUACCAACAUUAACACACCUAGAUUCUUACGUUAUCGUUUAUUUUUCCUCUUUUAAUUUCUUCCCGCUCAUAUUAAUUAUGAUUUAGACUGAAAGUGAGAUGGAUCUUUUGAUUUAGAUCGAUGUUUUUGUUAAUAUAGAGUUUGGCCAAUAUACCAAAGCCAAACUCUAUACUUAUAGAAUGUCUUUAGUUUUUUUUCUUAGUCUUUUGCAUUUUUAAUAGAUUUUAGAUUCUUAAGAUAAAUCCAUAAAUUAAUAAGAGAAUAUUUCUAUCAUGUUGUAGACGUGUUUAUAUUUGACAAAUAAAAUAAUAUAAAAGGAAUUAACAAUGAAGAAUCUUAUUAAAAAAAAAGUAACAUCGACGAAGUGACAAAAAAAUUGAGUGAUAAAGGGGUUGUGAAGAGGGGAUGUAUCUAAUACGCAUUGUGGGUCCCUUAACCUCAAGUGAAAUUUCCUUUUCUUAACUGAAUUUGAAUUCAUUCAUCAAUUAUUAUACUAUACAACUAGGCAAUAAUCCGCACCUUGCGCGAAAUAUGAUUAUUAGUUUCGUUAUUUUUUAAUAAAGAGACAUUAAUCUAUUUAAUUUGAAUAUCGGUUCGGUUUUAGGUUGAUUUUUGGUUUUUAAUCUCCUAAAAUAUAACUAUCAUUUUAAAUCAAUAUUUAUUUUGUUUGUUCGGUUAAAAUGUUUGAUGUUUUUGGUUUUUUUUUCAUGUGAUAAUUAAAAAUUACUAUUAUUUGUUUGUUUUCAUGUUAUGAAACUUAGAUAGUCGUGAUGUCGAAUCAAUGGUUUCAUAUUAUAGUUUCUAAAUAGAUAAUAGUUCAAAAAGAAAAGAAAAUUGUUAAGACAAAUCAUUUUACUACAAUUUGGUCGAUAGGGAAAGAAGCCUUAAGAAAAAGAAUAUUUUAACUUCAAAAAAAAUUUAGAUAUUUCAGUUGUGGUAAAUAUUUAGUUAUAAAGUGCUCACGUCAAUGUGUCCAUGUAUGUGUAUGUAAAGGUAUAUAAAGAUGGUUGUUAAAUAUAUAAAGAUAAUGUUAAUUAAUAUUAAAUGAUAUUUUUUCAAAAUAAUACAUGAAAAAUAAAAUUCUUAAAAUGAAUUUAUUUAAAAAUAAAAAUACUGUAAAAUUUAUAUAAACUAUAAUAUAUAACUUAUAUAUAAUUCUUUAAAUAUAUGUAUAUAUAUAUAUAUGCAUAUAACAGAUCAAAUUAGAUAUUCGUUCCUAUAAAUACUGAUAUUUGUGGUUUGCUCUUUUUUUUACUGAUAUUGCAUUUUAGUAUUUAAUUUGCUUCGUACAGUAACGAAUAUCCAGAUUUUUCGGUUCAAAUCAAAAUUUUAUGAAUAAUUGUCUAGCUGUAUUCGUAAACAGUAAAAAUAACGUAAAGAAGAACCAUGCAUGUGAGUUUUAUAUUAAAAAAAUGUAAAGUACAUAGUGUGAACAUAUUUAUGUAGUGUUUGGCUGAGAAACUCUGUACAUGUAAUAUGUGUCCAUUUUAGUGUGAACACAUUUAUUACAAUGCUUCUACACGUGACAUGUGUCCAGUUUAGUGUAAAUGCAUUUAUUACAAUGCUUCUCUUUUAAUAUAUAACGGAUUAUACAAAACAUCUUAUUACGAUCCUCAAUCUUAUACUUUGGUAGAUUUUGAUGUUAUUUAUGAUUAAAUUAGCCAUCUUCUUUCAUACAUACUUAAAUAAAUGCGAUAAUCAAUUCUUUUGAACAAGUAGAUAUAAAGGGUGAUUUUAAAACACAAGAGGAAGCAUUUUUUUUUUGUCAUCAAACAAACAAACUCAUAUUAACUAUGUGAACCAAACUGGUAGCUCUGCAUCCAUGUGAACGACGAAAGACGAUUGUUUUCUUGCACUCUGUACUAGAUUAUCCGUCUUUUGAUUCUCCGUUCGGGGUACAUGAAUGAUCUCUGAGCUGAAGAAACAUGUCUUCAGCAUCUUUAUAUCUUCUAGAUAAUUUUCAAACGCCAGCUAUUCUUUUGGUUCCGAAACCAUCUUCACCAAUUGAGAACAAUCCAUAGCAAAUGUGACAUAAUAUUGAUGUAAAUUUCUCAUACACUCCAUCACCCAUAUUAACGCUUCCAUCUCCGAAUGGAGAGGUGAAAGACUUGCCCGAAUAUUCCUUGCACCCAACAAACCAUCAAAUCCCUCAAGAAUAUUAUACCAACCCUCGUCUGAAUAAUACUCUUUAUCUUUCCAAAAACCAUCUAUAAAGCACCAAGGACCUGUCCUCCUCGGACAGUGCCUAACCUCAACUUGUUGUGAUGGCUGCUGAAUAUUCUUCACCUGAGCCUCAGCCCAAAGUUUGGAUUCGGUCUCCGCAAGAUUAAGUGUAUCUCGUGGGUCCAUAUCCAAAUUACUAAAAACUUUGUUAUUCCUACCUUUUCAAAUGUACCAUAAUAUCCAUACAAAAUGAUGAUCUUCCCUCUCCGGGAUAACCCUCCAGAAAAAAUGAUCCAAAUUUAUGAAGAUAGAACUAGUAGGGAAAAGAUCUAGGUUUGACAGUAUCUUUGACAACGCCCAAACUUGACGCAUAGGAGGACAUUAAAAAAAUACAUUAUUUAUUGAUUCCUCAUCAGCUCCACAUCGAGCACAACAUAUAUCUCCUUGAAUUCUUCUCGCUUGCAAAUUCUUUUUUCACAGCCAUACAUCCUGAUACCAUCUAUCAUAGAAAAUGAUUUAUUUUCGGAGGGUAUCUCAAUCUCACCUUCCAACAAAACGCUUUUAAAAUAUCCACUGUAGGACCAUAGACCUACGGUGGUUUUGCCUUAUCCGGAUAGACCCGUUCUAGCUGGUAUCUUGAUUUAACCGAGUAUUUCCUAUUAGUUGUGAAAUGUCAUCCAUCACUAUCCAUCAUCUGGUUUCUACUCAGGAGUAUAAUUUUAAUAAUUUUAGCAUUUUAGGAGUCCACCAGAGCCCAAAUUUUUUGCGUAUUCCAAGUUAGUAAAACUGGAUCAAUGAAAAAGUCUACAAUAGGUAGCAUUGAAUUGGAAUAAACUAUCUACUAUUCUUUCACCUAACAGUUUUUUGUAGUAAUAUAGUUUAGAAAUGUAUUUAAUUGUAUAUAAAUAUAAAUAUAAUUAUAAAUAUAUAUAUAUAUAUCUUAUGAGUUUAUUGAGUGGUAGAUUAGUGGUUGAGUUGUAGUUUUUCUAGAUGGUCAUGUAAAUUUCAAACUCCAUCCAUAUGGUAAUGUAAUGAUAUUACAAAGUAAAAACCAAAAUAAAAACUCUC